UGUCCAAGGAGACACGGAGUUCGGCGCACUUUUCAAACAGUAUCGAGUCUAUCGAUGUGUACUAUUUUGCUCACGUUUAAAACGACAGCUACAUCGUAUGAUAUAACUGAACCAAAUACGUGAAUUACGUAUGAUCAACAAUGUUGAGUUUUAAGCUAAAUGGCUGUUUCAAACAACCUAUCUAUUUCUAUUUAGCUUUGUAGCCAGCUAGCUAACGAACCUCGCGCGAGGAUCUUCUGCAGCACUUGGAAUCAUCUGUGUUAACUUACCUGAAACAGAAAUGACUGCAACAUAACUAGCCCAGGUAUUACAUUAUUCAGCAGGCUGAUCGUCACAGGUCUCUGCAUUGGAAAAGCUAUGGCUGGGGCUGUUGCUAUGGCAUCUGUUACUGAAGAUUUUGAGACUCAGCCUCGAAAAAGACAAAGAAAAGAUGCACCUCCUGUCAAGACGAUCACCAACUACUACUCUCCUGUGCCGAAGCCUUUCUCUCCCCCCAAGUCUAACAUCUUGGAUUACUUCGGUAAGACUUCGCCAGCAGAAAGGAAGAAGGACAGCGCUUCAGAGCAGAGCAAGGAAGACGGGAGCAAGGCACUGGAGUCCCCUGGUGACGCAGAGAUCCCGGCGAAGCCCCCGAAACCCCAGGGGCUGAGGCGGGGCAGGCGGCGGGGCAGACCCUCCAAGCUCAGCGUGUCGGCAGAGGACGGGCGUGCGGAGACGCCCGCGCCCGCCUGCGAGGUUUCCGAAUCGAGCUGCUCCAGCGACGGGGUGGCGGUGCUGGGGGACCAGGGCCUCCUGGGCAGCGAAACGGCCGCCCUGUUGGCCCAGAUCAGCCGCGAUGUCCGCGUGGCGGACGAGCCGCCGAGCGGGGCCGAAUCUGCGCCGACGAGCACCCCUCCGCACGCUGGGGAGAACCCGAAGAAGAGGAGCUCCGACGAGCCGCAUCAGGAGGAGGGUCCAGGCUCUCCCACACAGCCGGUGGAGCAAGCGUCCCCGGGGGACAAGAGGAACAAGGCCAAACCUGCCAGGAAGGCUAAAAGCCUGCAGAAGCAGGGCUCGCCGGAGGCCCCAGAGGCUGAUAGGUCCCUGUGUGACGCCAGCCUGGAGGGCAAAGCAGACGAGGCUCCUCUGCUCAACAACAGCACCAUCGUCAUCUCCUUUGAGGACUUUGUGCAGAGUCAGAGCCAGGCGGACAGCAGCGCCAGUGUGGAGACCCCUGAGAGCAAAGCGGAGGUGUUGGGCACACCCCCUUCUGCUGAAGGCGAGCCCGGACCUUCCCGGCUAGUGUCGCCCCGAAUUCUCACCGUCCAGGCAGAGGUGCACGCCGUCUCCCGAGCGCCCGCACUGGGCCGGUCUUCGGACAAGAGGCUGGCGUCCAUCUUCACACGGAGGCGAGAGAGUGAGGGAGAAGAGGGCAAAGCGACGGGCUCCCCCCCUCCCCAGGAGAAGGCCGCAGCACCCGGACGUUUUCAAUGGAGGUCCAACGUGAUCCUGCUGGAGGACGAGCUGGAGCUGUCCGUCAUCGAGUCCAGCUCCGCGCCCAAGUGCAGCCAGGCGGAGAGGAGGCAGUUCAUGAACGCGUUCAAACAGGCCAGCCUGGACAGCGGCCGGGGCAAGGCGAAGAAGGGCCCGGGCAAACCGGGAGAGGCUGGGGAGGAAGCCCAGCCAGAGGAGGAGGAGAGGCAGGAGGAGAGGCAGGAGGAGGACAAGCCAGAAGAGCAGGGUCAGGAUGCUCCCGCCAUCCCAGAGAUGGAGCAGGAAAAGCCAGCCGGGGCUGGACAGACGCGAGGCAGCAGGCUUGGGAAGAGAGGCAGGAGGAGAGGCGGGGGGGAGGCCGCAGCCCCCGUCCCGGCUGCAGCCGCGGAGGAGACGCCGCCUCUCCAGGCUGGGAAAGAGGACGACGGCGAGGGAGCGACCGACGCUCUCCCUUCCACUCCAGCCGGGAGGGGCCCCGUCAGGAGGUCCGUCCGAGCCCGGCCCCGCAGCGUCACCCCUGCCCGCGAACAGGCCACGCCUCCCCCUAAAGCCGGGAGCCGGGAGAGGUCGAAGGGUCGGGGAGGGGCCGCGGGGCGCUCGGCCGAGCCUCUCACGCCCAGAGCGCGGGGGCCCAAGCGCGGCCUGUACAGGGCCGAGAUGAUCUCGUCUCCCGACGACAAGGGCAGCCCGAUCCGGAUGAGAUUGCGGCGUGUCUUGCCCAACUCUGAGCAGUCUGGCGCCGCGAGUGACUUCGAAAUACUGAGUCCCUUAGCAGUUCAGAAGCCCAGUUUAUCUAAGAACAGGAAGCAAAAAGCCAAAAAGCUGGUCCAGAAAGCCAGAGUACUCCAGCAGAACAAGAAGGCCGCAGCUAAUGUGGGCACUAAGGAUCCCGUAAAGCGCCGGCUACGAACCCGGGACGUCCCGAAGAGCUACUGUGAGGACGAGGACUCUGUCAUGUGCCUGUCGGAUGUGCAGAAAAGCCCCGCUCCUGCUGCGAAAGACAAGGCCAGUGGUCAGAAGCAGCUGCGCAGUCUGAACGAUGUCUUGGGAAGGAACGCAGCUGAGAACAAAGCGGGCAAGAGUACUACAGCCCCAAAAGCGGCUGCCCUGCUCCUUGGGAAGAAGCCUCAGAAGCCUUCAGCUGUCAUCUCCAUAUUUGAUGACAGCAGUCGGGACGGCUCCGAGAACUCUCAGGACAGCGAGCCGUUCAGAGCCCGCCGGGAGUUCCUGAAGAGCGGCCUGCCGGACUCCUUUAAGAAGCAGAUCGCCAGGACGACGGCCAGCCACGAGGCCUACUCCCUGGCCUCCGCGUCGUUCUCCGCCGCGCUGCACGUGCUGCAGAGGCCUCCGGAGUGUCCUCUUUGGAAUCUACCGUGGCCCGUAUCUCCACUGCUGAAACGCCUGAGUGAAACCUGUCUGCAGCCCCCAAGACCGCUUCUGUCCCUGGGAGCGCUCGACUGUGUAAAGACUGAGCCAGCCCAGAGAGCCCACACAGACAAGGGGUCUGGCUGGAGACAGGAUUUCCCGGAGGAGAUCCGCAGACGCCUGCUGGAGGAGAUCAGGGCGGCCAACCCCCCGUUCCCAGUGCGGAGGUUCCUCGCCUGGUUCCUGAGGAAACGGCAGGAACACCUCCUGCAGCCUCCUUCUGCUGAGGCAGACAGGGGCCCUGAAGCCCCCGUUCCUCCAGAGGUCCCUGAGCUGGGUGGCAAGCGGAAACGGAGGCAGGAGGGGCAGGCCGCCGGCAAGCUGCCCAAACGGAGGAGGUCUGCUCGAGGGGAGCAGGAGCCCAUCGUGAUCGAGGAUGACCCCCCGGCCGCGUGCUGUCGUGCCCAGGGGCCGGCGGGAAGGGCCCGGCUCAGCCGAGCGCGGGGGGCCGAUGUCCAGAACGCCUCCCCAGUCCUGCUGGAGGACACUCCACCACCUGCGCAUACUGAAGAAGGAUGUGUGAAGGAGGACGUGCUGUGGACGGAGAAGUACCAGCCGCAGCACUCCAGCGAGGUCAUCGGGAACUCGGCCGCAGUAAAGAAGCUCCGCAGCUGGCUGGAGGAGUGGAAGCAGAGAGCUGACCGAGACGAGAGGAGGAAUCGGAAGGAAAAGAAACAGGAGGACAACAGCAAUGAGUCCUGGGACUGCGGGGACUUCCGGGGGGAGGGCGACGUGGAGGACGGAGAGGAGCUGCUGUGUAACACCCUGCUGAUCACCGGCCCUCCUGGAGUGGGCAAGACUGCUGCUGUGUACGCCUGCGCUCAGGAGCUGGGCUUCAAGGUUUUCGAGGUGAACGCGUCGUCCCAGAGGAGCGGGCGGCAGAUCCUGUCCCAGCUGAAGGAGGCCACUCAGUCCCACCAGGUGGACAUCCAGGGAGUGAACGUGCACAAGCCUGCCUACUUCAACAGCUACAACACCGGCAGCAUCAGGCCUGGCUUUUCCCCAAGGAAGCUGAAUUCCCCCAGGAAGGUUGUGUCCUCCCCCAGGAAGCCUCUCCACUCCCCGUGCAGGAAGCCCAGGAGAGGGGCUCUGGCCCCCACCUCGCUGGCCAGCAUCUUCAAAAACAGCAACAAAACCAAGGGCAAAAGCCCAAGUGUUCAGAGUGAGCCGCUACAGAAUGAAACCGGCCCUCAAAAACCCGUCAGAAGGAAGGAGAGCGUCCCGAAGGCCACGGAGCCCCCCAUCAAACCGUCGUCUGACAAGACGGAGCCCCUGACCGAGGAGCAGAGCAAAAAGACUGCCACGUCGCUCAUUCUCUUCGAGGAGGUGGAUGUCAUCUUUGAUGAUGAUUCUGGGUUCCUGGCUGCAAUCAAAACCUUCAUGGCCACAACGAAGAGACCCGUGAUUCUGACCACUAGUGAUCCUACGUUUAGCGAAAUGUUUGACGGCAAUUUUGAAGAGAUCCAUUUUAAGACGCCUUCAGCGGUGAACGUGCGGAGCUACCUGCAGCUGCUGUGCCUGGCGGAGGGCGUGAGGACGGACGCGCGGGACCUCUCCUCCCUGCUGUGCUGGAACAGGUGUGACGUUCGGCAGAGCCUGCUCCACCUGCAGUUCUGGGUCCGCAGCGCGGGAGGCCCCGGCCCUGACCUACCGCUCCCCGCCCUGGAGCCCGCAGCUCUCGCCCAGGGGGAAACGGAGUCGGUGGAGGCGGCAGAGCCGGCCGACGAGGAGGACCCACCUGCCAGCUCAACCUCCUGCGACUCCAGAUGCACUGAAAGUCUGCUGGGCAUCCUGAACAUCGAUGGCGCGCAGGACCUUUCCGACAUGCUCAAGUGCACCUUUACAGCAGAGCCACGGAGCAGCAGGAGUCGGGAGCUGUUGGUGGAGAGCUGGGGCCGAGGAGUGGACCUGCUGUACUCCAACAUGGAAGAGCUGCUGCCUCUGCCCGUCUGCGCCCUGCAAGGAGCCCUCCUCAGCCAGCAGGGGGCGCCCAAGCCGCAGAGCGCCGCACCGUCGGAGGACUGCAGCCCCGUGAAGACCUCCAGCAGAAUGCAGAGGCGGAAGCGCUUGCGUCUGCAGGACAGAGCUCUGUUUCAGUGCGACUCCGACUCCGACGACGACGGCUUCCUCUCUUUACCCAAACCCCGGAGCGGACCGACCUCGGGAGCAGAGGAGCCCUCCGCUGCCGCCGGCGACGGCCCUCAGCCCGACCCUGCCAGGGAGAACCCCCCGGCGGGAUCCGGGUCUCCCCGGCCGCGCGGGGCGGGCCGCUCCCCGGAGGAGCGGAGGAGCUCGGAGCUGGUCUCCCGCUGCCUGGGCUCCCUGGCCGAGUUCAUGGACCACAUGUCCUUCCUGGACUCCUCCCUGCAGCGCCAGCGCUGGCCAGCAGAGGGCGGCGCGUUCGGCUGGACCGGGGCCGCGGUGAAGGACGGGCUGUCGGACGAGCCCCGGGCGGAAGACCCCGGCAGGGCCGGGUGGGAGGGCUCGGCGCAGAUCCGGGCCCUGGUGGAGGGCAUGAGCUUCCAGAAGUGCCAGGCCAGGGCGGCGGAGGUGUGGAGCGAGGCCCGCGGCACGCAGGAGGAGGCGGGGGAGCCGGCCGCCAGCCAGCUCUCCCUCCCUGUGGGCCCUCACCGAACGGGCUUGAGCUUCUGUCAGACCAGUCCCUGUGAACCCACUGUGACACAGCGACGGCAUGAGGUCAUGAAGACGGUCCUAACCAGCAAAGCCUUCAGCACACUGGGCAACAGGCCAGCCACAGCCACCGACUACCUGCCUUUCCUGCGUAGCGUCUGCAGAUCGGAGCGGCUGAAGGAGCAGGGCAAGGUGAAGCGCAGGUUCCUGCAUUAUCUGGAUUCCAUUCACCUUGGCCUCCCGAAAAACACUGUCCAACUCCUGGCGGCUGAUUUCCCCUGAUGUGGCCGUCAGCCUCCCCCCCGUGUGGUGUCUCAUAAUCCUCUGUACAGUGAUUUACGCAUGCUGUGUACUAUUAUAUGCAAGUCGGUGUACUUUAUUUUAUUUUUUUGCAGUGGCUUUGUACAGACGGCGGCAAGUCCUAUGUAAAGUUGUGUAUUUUUGUAAUGUUUGGCAUUCAAAUUUUUUAUAUCAAGAAAUAAAUGUGCCUCUUAUUUGACUGCGAA